CACGAGUCGCUGCCGCGAUCAUAACAGGGCACGGGGCACGGACUGUUAGUAACAGUGUCAGAACACCACCAAGUCAUGCAGUAGCUGUCGUCACCCCACAGUUAAAGUAUCCUUUGGACAAGUAUUCGAAGCAAUAGUUAUCGAGGGGGCGUGAGUAGCUGCCGGGGUCUUGUGAUUCUUGUGAUAAGUGGGCAGAGGGGCGUUGUUGUAUCACCAGGGAAGAGACAUACACCUGUCACCGCCACUCAGGAAAUGGUUGUACUUUGAGGAAAAAAAUGGAUCUUCUAGCUGAAAAUAAUGUGUGCGGACAAGCUCUGUUGCGGCUGGUGGCAAGGGGAAAUUCUAUUAUUGCAGAAUUGAUGAGGCUUGCUGACUAUGUCCCACAGGUGUUCAGAUUGGAAACUAAGGCAGAACAACAGAAGUAUGGUGAUAUUGUUUUAGAUUUUGCUUAUUUCAAGGCUGCUGAUGGAUUUAACAAGAAAAUAGAAAAUUCAUCUGUUUUGAUGGACAUUGAUGAUGAAAUUCGAGAAAGCCAUAGAAGUAUUCUUGGGAGGAUCUAUUCAGCCUUUGAGAGCAUUCACCGUUAUGUAUCAGACCUGAAUGGUUUCUUGCAAGAUCUUAAUGAGGGAAUCUUUAUUCAGCGAACUUUGGAAAACAUGUUCCUGAUUGAAGAUGGGAAACAACUUAUGUGUGAGGUGUUGUACCUGUAUGGUGUGAUGUUGCUGGUGGUGGACUACCUGUUUCCAGGCCUGGUGAGGGAGAGGAUCAUUGUGGCCCACCACAGGUAUGCUGGACAGAAGGCUUCAAGUGAUACAAACAUUGAUGAUGUUUGUAAACUCCUUAGAUCAACAGGAUAUUCUUCCCUCCCAGGCACCAAAAGGCCUUUGAAUUACCCAGAGGAUUAUUUUAGGAGAGUUGAGCUUCCAGGGAAUUAUAUCAGUCAUGUACUUGGAUACCUAAGAUCAGAUGACAUAUAUCACCAGGUUCAGGCAUAUCCCUCACCAGAACACAGGUCUGCUGCACUAGCCAACCAAGCAGCAAUGCUCUUUGUGUGUCUGUACUUCAGUCCAAACAUUCUCUCCUCACAAACAGCCAAAAUGAGAGAAAUUGUGGACAAGUUUUUUCCAGAUAAUUGGGUUCUCAGUUACUACAUGGGAUUGACAGUAAACCUUAUUGAAGCCUGGGAGCCCUACAAGGCAGCUAAACAGGCCCUCAACAAUACAUUAGAGGCUACCAACAUUAGAGAUCAGGCCACUCGCAUCACUGGCAGGGUGACCAAUCUGUUGAGGCAAACAGAACAGUUGCGGGCAGAUGGAGCACUGUCUGAAGGCCGUGUCCUUGACCAUAGCAAUAAGAUCCUCAACCUGCUAAGGGAGUGUAAUGUGGCACUGCGAUGGGUCAUGCUGCAUGCUGCCUCACUCAGCAGGGGUGGAGCUGAGAGUAACAGGCGCUGUAAAGUUGUACGAGAUCAGGUAGUGGCAGAUCUGCAGUACAACCCCAUGACUGUCUUCCAGCUGCUCCUCAACACUGCCUCCCUGGAGCAUGACCUCACCCAGAUAUACAAGAGACUUGUUUCAGAAAAGGAAGAGAACUGGAACAAAUACUGUACGGAGGCCAAUCAACAGGCUCUUGAACUGUCAGAGGUGUUCUCUGGGAACCGACCACUGGCAAGGGUUGAAAAGAAUGACCGCCUCAACAAGUGGUUCAAAGACAUUGGAGAAGAAAUCCUAAGCCUGAGUCUUGAAGAACCAGGACCUUCAGGGCGAAAGAUAAUCCAGCUCAUCCAGGCCAUGAAGGAUGUAAAGGAGUACCACAGCUUGGAGUCAAGUGCAGGAGUAGUGCAGGCCAUCAAUGAGGUGGUGACGGCUCUCCAGUCCUUAGUGCGAGUAGCAGGGGUCACUGAGGAUGAACUGGUCACUCUUUCCCUCAUCUCAGACCUGUCCUAUGCUUGGGUUUUAGUGGAUGACUACACUCCCAUCAUGCAGGCUGCUGUGAAGAAGGAUCCAUCACAUGUUGCCAGGUUGCGUGCUGUCUUUCUGAAGCUUUCAUCGGGUUUAGAUUUACCUCUGUUGCGCAUCAAUCAGGCUCGAAGUCCAGACCUGAUAUCUGUCUCUGCCUAUUACUCAGGGGAGCUGGUGUCAUAUGUUCGGAAAGUAUUACAGAUUAUUCCAGAGACCAUGUUUGGUCUUCUAGCAAAGAUUAUCAAGCUUCAAACUGAAAAGAUAAAAGAAGUACCAACCAGACUUGAUAAAGACAAGAUGAGAGACUUUGCUCAGCUUCCAGAAAGAUAUCAGAUGGCAGAGCUAAGUCACCGUGUGGCAGUUCUAGCUGAGGGGGUGGCCAUGAUGGAAACAACACUAGUGGGUGUGAUCCAGGUAGACCCUCGUAGGUUAUUGGAAGAUGGUGUAAGACGGGAGCUGGUGCAGCUAGUGGCCAAGAUACUCCAUGAAGGGCUCACCUUCAGCACUAAAGUUAAGAACAGGGGAAGUGAGCUUUACCGGCGACUCACCAUGGUAGGGCAACAGAUGAAUGGUUUCCGCACUUCAUUUGAGUAUAUCCAGGACUAUAUCAGUAUGUAUGGUCUCAAGAUCUGGCAAGAAGAAAUGUCCAGGAUUAUCAACUACAAUGUGGAGCAAGAGUGCAAUCAACUUGUGAAAAAGAAAAUAUCAGAUCAUGAGAGUAUCUACCAGAGUGUGGCAAUCCCCAUCCCAAAGUUUCCACCUGCUGACCCCCAGUCUGUUAACUUUAUUGGCAGACUGGUGAGGGAGAUCCUGCGAAUUACUGACCCUAAAUGCACUGUGUAUGUGGCUCAACUCAGGACGUGGUAUGACAGCAAGAACCACACAGAGGUGCUCUCCAGCUCUGUCAUGGGGACCGUUGAGUCAAGUAUCAGCACAGCUGGCCUCACUGGUGUGGAUAAACUCCUAGCCUUCCUGAUAGUCACAGAACUGCAGGCCUUGGUGGGAGAGGUAGAGAGAGCAUGGAAGAAGGAUGCAACUCUGAAGGAAGCUUUGAAGACAAUGAUGCCUCAGCUCGGACAGAACUCACCUGUUGUAGCUCAGCCAGUGCGGCAGUACACAGGUUGGGCUCAGCGCACAAACAAGCUAUGUACUCUCAUUGUUGACCAUAUCAUGAGAGUUGGACAGAUGCAGAUCCUAAGACUCCAUGCUGCCAGCCGUCUAAACUCCUCAUGCAAAUUUGAUGCCAAAUAUCUUGCUGCAGCACUCACUACCAUGAAUGAGUCUCUGAUGGCAGAUGUAAAACAACACUACACUGAUCCAACCCGUCCUUACCCUGAUGAGGACGGUGCCCUGACCAGUGAGCUGAGUGUCUUUCUGGAAUGGUGUGGCAUGACCCAGCCUCUUGACAGGAUAUAUAUCACAACACAUGCCCUCCCACCUCUUGCACUCCUACUGUUACUCACAGUAGUGUCGCAGUUUUCCAAGAUGCAUCUCUCCAAGCAGAUUGGCGGCCUUGCUAGUAUCCGAGGCAAUGAAGGUGUGGAUGGGGAGCCAUUUGUGGUGGGUCUGGUGACUGUGUUGCGGCAGUACCACCAAGAUCACACUCUGCGCUUCCUGCAGCUUCUGGCCCAGUGCAUUACCUCAUAUAGUGCACACACUGCUGCCAACAAUAUCAACAAAGGUGUGGAUUUACCACAUGAGACACUGACGGGCCUAGCAAUUCUUGAAGAAGUCGCAAAGAAGAUGUCAAUACCAAAGAAGACAUUAUCCCUGUAUGUGCCAAAGCAUCUCAUGGCUGCCCAUAAUGGCUAAGCUCUUUGAUCUGCAAUAGUGUUUGUAUUUUAUAUUAUCUAUAUUAAUAUAGUUUAAUAUAUAUAAAUGAUUUAGAUA